GUGAGUAUUGUUUUUUCCUUGUUGAUCCUGUGUCUCCUUGUACAAAUACGCCCUCUCAUCCAUUUCCCUCUCCAACUUCCAUAAAUCCCAGAACUUUUAAUGUGUUCACCAAUUCGCGCCAUCUCAACCAAAUUCCGUAAUAGAACUUCUGCACCUAGUUCCUUCAAAUCUUCCACUGCAAUCAGAAAUAUGUCUUCUUCUACGGGAGUUCCUUCUACGACUGCCCCAGCACCGAAGAUUGAUGUGAAGGCUUCUGAGGCUGGGAACUUGGGGAUUGAGAAUAUGCAUUUUAAUACAGCUUCUGGGGUGGAGCUUUCGAGGGGUCAACAGGUUAUUGUUGGGAGUGUUUUAGAUGUAAAUAUCUUUUCCAUAUUCAGAAGCUGAUCUUAAGACUGACUCGAAAUUAGCUCUUCGCCGGCCGACCCUCUCUCAAGAAACUCCAACUCUGGACCGUAAGUCGCUUUAACCCCUUCCUUCAUACCCCCCAUCCUAACCACCCCAGGACGACGCAACCUUCGCAGACCCAAUCACCAAAGCCGUCGGCAGAAAACAAUACGAGCCCCAAUGGUACGGUCUCCAAACCGCCUUCUCCAAGAUCGAACGUCUCUCCCAGAACGUGACAUCCGCAGGCAACCCCAUCACCAUGGACCUCAAAACGCGGUAUACGAUCAAAGGCAUCGGUAAGGAACAAACCAUCGAAAGUGUGGUUAAUAUCUAUACCGAUGCUGCGGGGGAGAAAAUUGUAAAAGUGGAGGAUAAAUGGAAUGGGGAGUUGCCGGAGGGACCGUUUGCUAAGGUUAGUUUUGUGAAGAAGGUGGUAAGGUGGAGGUGGUGGGUUUUUGUUGUUGAGAAGAGGAUGUGGUGGCUUUGGAGCUUGGUGUGGGAGACGAGGGGGUGGGAGGUGGGGGCUUUUCUUUUUUUCUUUUGGUCUUUUGGAUUUGGAUUUGGGGGUGUUGGGGUUUAUGGAGGGGAUUCUUGCUAACGUUUGAUAGGCUUUUAGAAAUCUUAAUGCAGUUACGGUGCCGUUGAUUGUUAGUGUUCCAAAGAACGAUGCGGAGGAUGCUAAGAGGGGAAAUUAGGGGAUGAAGAGUUGCUUGUAGUAGGAAUGGAUUGUAUGAGUAGAGCAUGGAGAUAUGGAUAAUGACAUUCAUAAACGAGCACAAA